GAUUAUUCAAUUUAUAGAAUAAUUAUAUGUUUACGAGAUGAAAACUGAAUAUGAUUGAAACAUUUUUUUACUUUAAAUAAAUUAUGGAGUAGAGUUGAAAAUGCUUUAAGAGCAUAAACUUCUAGUGUUAUUUUUUUUAUAGAUGUCAUGUGCUAUAAUUCUUUAUAGUUGUCUAGUGUUAAAUAUAUAAUUAUAUAUUAAACUCAUAUAUUAAAAUUUUCUCCUUUUUAAAUGCAACAUAUGAUGUCAAAAGAAAAAAAACGUAAUUUUAUAGUAUUAAUUUCUCAAGCGGUCAAGUCAAACUACAACUUGAUAUAGAAAAGUCAACUUAAAGAAUUAACACAACAUAUUAAAUACUUGAACUUAUUUCGAGUAAAACGUAAUUAGCAUUAGCAGACACCUCCAUGUCAUUGAAAUAAUACUCUAGAAAACAUGAAUAUGCCAAUUUGAUUAACAGUUAAUGGUUUACUUCACGUCAAGUUAAAAAAGAAGGUCAGAGGUCAUGUGAGAUUAUUUCUGAUUAUCAUCGAUUAGAUUGAUGACGAACCGCGUUUUUAUAUUAAAAACAAAAAGACGCGUAGAAGCUUGAAUAAAACAAAAAAAAAACAUAAGAAAAAAAAAACAAGUGAAAUUGUUAUGGUGUUUGAGUGAAGAAAGCUCUUACAGAUAGAUCUGAGGUUUAAAGGAGAUCUGAAGAAGCUUUAGAUGUUUGAGUAAUUUAGGGUUUAAGCUGUGUGUGUUUGAUCUGGAAAGAUUGCCGCUUCGUCACGUUUAGUGUUGUUAGGGUUGGUGAAAGUUUGGUGCUUUCAGGAGACUGUCUUACUCAAAACUCUGCAUUUUUUAGGUUUGAAAGUGAUCCCAAUCAUCUCUCCGACCAAAGUUUGAGAAUUUGAGGUUUUUUGAUGGAUCCAGAAGCUUGUCGGUGAUAGAUUUGUAGCUUGUCUGAAAUUUUUAGAUGGCAACAACGCCGGCUCAGCCUCCUGUUUCAACUUUCCCACCGCCUCCACCGGUUGUUUCUCCGCCGUUAGGCAGUUCUCUUCCGACUAACAAUGCUACUUCACCUCCACCGUCUCAGUCUCCUCCUCCGGCCACACCACCACCGGUGACAUCACCACCGCCACCAAAUGAUGCUCCUCCUCCUCUGCCUAAACCACCUGAGACCUCUCUCCCACCGCCACAGCCAGUGAUCCCUUCACCUCCUCCUUCAACUUCACCGCCGCCACCGUCCGUGCAGCCACCACAAGCGUCUCCUCCACCACCAUUGCCUUCUUCUCCUCCACCUCCUUCAUCUGUUCCUCCUCCACGCCCUUCUCCUUCCCCACCAAUCUCACAACGCUCUCCUCCACCGUCUUCAGGGCGUCCCUCUCAGUCUCCUCCUCCUUCACCGCCUCCAAAGCGUCCCAUUCAGUCUCCUCCACCUCCUCCUCCUUCUCCAUCAGGUCGUCCCGUUCAGUCUCCUCCUCCACCAUCAGAGGAUACUACUCCACCGCCUUCAGAUACUCUACCACCACCAACAUUCUCUCCUCCUCCUCCUGUUCAAGAUUCUCCUUCCGAGAUACUUGUACCACCAGGCUCUAACAAUACACCUCAAAACAACCUUCCUCCUAGUGCUCCUGAUACCUCAAAUUCUACUCAUAGUAGUAGCAUCGGUACUGGACCUAUCGUUGGCAUCAGUGUCGCAGUAGCCCUCAUAGUUUUCAGUCUUAUUGGACUCAUUGUCUGGUGCGUGAGAAGACGAGAGAAACGCCUCUCAGCUGUUAGUGGUGGCUAUGUCACACCAUCACCAAUGAGCUCCUCCUCCUCAAGACCAGAUGCAGCUUUCUUUAGGACACAGUCAUCUGCACCUAUAGUAUCCGGAAAGCGUUCAGGGAGUUACUUCUCACAAUCGCAAUCCGGCGGCUUAGGCAAUUCAAGACCACUGUUUUCAUACCAAGAACUUGUGAAGGCAACGAAUGGCUUCUCACAAGAGAAUCUAUUGGGUGAAGGUGGGUUUGGUUGUGUAUACAAAGGGGUGCUACCAGAUGGGAGAGUAGUUGCUGUGAAGCAGCUUAAGAUUGGUGGCGGGCAAGGUGACAGAGAGUUCAAAGCUGAAGUCGAGACGCUUAGCAGAAUCCAUCACAGGCACUUGGUUUCGAUCGUGGGACAUUGCAUCUCUGAUGACCGUAGAUUGCUCAUUUAUGAUUAUGUCUCUAACAACGACCUUUACUUCCACCUUCAUGCAUCUAAAGAAGUUCUUGACUGGGCAACGCGUGUUAGAAUCGCUGCUGGUGCUGCUCGUGGACUAGCUUACCUCCAUGAAGAUUGUCAUCCUCGGAUCAUCCACAGGGACAUUAAGUCUUCUAACAUUCUUUUAGAGGACAACUUUGAUGCUCGGGUUUCUGACUUUGGUCUUGCAAGAUUAGCUCUUGAUUGUAACACUCAUAUCACCACAAGGGUCAUGGGAACGUUUGGCUACUUGGCACCUGAGUAUGCAUCAAGCGGGAAACUAACAGAGAAGUCUGAUGUAUACUCCUUUGGAGUUGUUCUUCUCGAGUUAAUCACUGGACGUAAACCAGUGGAUACAUCCCAACCACUAGGAGAGGAGAGCCUUGUUGAAUGGGCACGGCCUCUGAUAAGCCAUGCCGUAGAAACCGAGGAGUUUGAUUCGUUAGAAGACCCCAAGCUUGGAGGAAACUAUGUGGGUUCCGAGAUGUUUAGAAUGAUUGAAGCUGCAGGAGCAUGCGUGCGCCACUCAGCUGCCAAGAGACCUCGGAUGGGACAAGUUGUGAGGGCUCUUGAGAGUUUAUCUGCGGAAGACCUGACCAAUGGGAUGAGACUAGGGGAAAGCGAAGUCUUUGACUCAGCUCAACAGUCAGCAGAGAUCAGAUUGUUCAGGAGAAUGGCGUUUGGUAGCCAAAAUUAUAGUACAGAUUUUUUCACACAUAGUAGUCACAACAGCAGAGACCAAAACGUGUAAAUAUCCAUACACAAGGUUGUUUUUUUGAUCUCUCGGUGUUAAAAGGCAACAAAACCCUUCAAGACCAUCCAAGUUUUGUCUGAAAAUCUCCCAUCUUUUUGCACCUCAAGCCCACAAAUCUCAAUGCAGAACCUUCUUGAGUACCCAAAACAAAAUAGAGGAUUUUCAGAGGAGCAUGUGGUAGGAAGAUUAGAGCAAGAGAGGUUUUUGUUUCUUACAUGAAAGUACUUUUUUGUAUCUAUUUCUUAAUCUUACAAGUUUGCACAUUCUGUGACAUUACCUCCUCGUCAUGUUGUCUCAUUCUUAUACCUAUGAUAAAUCAACACGGAUCUUUUCUUUGUCUC